AUGGCUAAGCGUAGGAAUAGCUCCGCCCAUACCCCUACGUUUCUCCGAGAACUCUAUCACCCCCCGGGCACAGAACCUACGGUCGAUAUCGUUUUUGAAUCGAAGGUUCGACCUAUUAUCUUUGUUGGGCACAGUCUCGGCGGUUUAGUAGUAAAGCAGGCACUGAUUAACGCAACAAACAACUAUGAGGAGUAUGGGGUUAUCAAAGAAGCUACUCGAGGUCUGGUUUUCUUUGGUACGCCUCAUAGAGGCGGAAACGGGGCCUCACUAGGCCAGAUCGCUGCCAAUAUCAUUACAGCCUCUGAAAGAUAUCGUGUUUUAACUUGUUACGAAACGAGGAAGACAAAGGUCAAUAGAUGGCUUGGCGGUAUUUUUGGUUGUGUUUUCAAUGCGAUAGUAGUAGACGCAGAUUCUGCAAAACUUGGGUUAGCGGGCUCUCGCGAGCACCAACUACCGAUAGAUGCGGACCACUCUGGAAUAUGUCAAUUUGAAUCUGCAGAAGAUGAUAGAUACGAACCUGUUGGCGGCGGAAUUGGGGAGCUGGUAGAGCGUAUAAUUAAAGACAAGACAGAGCCGGAAGAGUCUGUACUACCUAGGGAUAGCAGAGUUGCUGCCGUUAAAACGCUACUCCCAAGCAGCGAAUUGAGUGUGGAAAGGUCUCCGAAUUUUUCUGGAAGGGAGUACGAAAUAAACCGCAUACACGAACAUCUCACAACUUUGUCGUCGUCGCCUCGGCCAUCCCGGAGAGUGGUCGUACUCCACGGCCUUGGGGGAAUUGGAAAAACUGAGAUUGCUCUUGCUUAUGCUUUCAAGUACCGCCAUGAGUACACUGCAGUCUUCUGGAUUGAUGCUACUAAUAUCCAAACCGCAACGCUUGGGCUGUUUCAAAUAGUCCAAGGUCUCAUUAAUGCCAAUCUUACCGAUGAGCAUCUUGCGAUUGAUUGUGCAACGAUUGCACAACGUCUAGGCCUAUUGGGUCUCAUACAGAAGAAUGGGCUCUUGAAUAGCAAUUUGGGCGAAUCCCAUAAAGAACGCGUUAUCAAAGCAGCAAAGAGGCUGCUCGAGAUGGAGGAAAACAGGAAUAAGGAAUUGAAGAGGAAGACGGUAUUAAACUUCUUUUUAAGUACCUCACACCUGGGGCUCUCCGGGUCAUGGCCACAGGAUUUUGAGGGUAUUGAAGAAGAAGUGAGGGAGAUCGUCAAUCUCCUUGGAAGGGUACCUCUAGCAAUCGAUUUUGUAGGGGCUUAUAUCUUUCAAGCAAAAUUCUUCGAGAUAUUCCUCGAGAUGCACUUCCACGACUCCGCGCUUCUGCUGCCAGAUACGGCUGAGAGUAUAAUAGCAAAACGGAACGCUCUGCCACAUCUAGAAACCUGUUUUCAAAACUUCAGCCAUAUAAUGACAGCGCGGCAGGCUUGUGCUCACAACGGAGUGUUUAGAUCGUUUGUGAAUUUUGGGAGUAUUUUUUGUCAGCAUGGGGAGUACUCCAAAGCGCAAAAAUUGGUUGAAUACGCUCUUGAUAGGCGGGAGAAAGUGCUCGGUCCAGACCACGGGGAAACACUGGUAACGGUAACGGUAAAUUCGCUGGGAAUUCUAUACACCAGACAAGGGCAGGAGCGAUAUCCCGAGGCCGAAAAGUUGUACGAGCGAGUUCGUGCCGUGCAGGAGAAAGUACUCGGUCCGGACCAUAGUGAUACACUGAGAACGGUAAACAACCUGGCAAAUCUAUACACCAGACAAGGGCAGGAGCGAUAUCCCGAGGCGGAAAAGUUGCACAGGCGGGCUCUUGCUCGGUAUGUGAGGGUGCCCGGCCCGCACCAUAUAAUUACACUAGGAACGGUAUAUUGCCUGGCAAUAAUAUACUAUAAGCAAGGGCAGGAGCAAUACCCAAAUGCGGAAAAAUUGUACAAUUGGGCUCUUACUGGGUAUGAGAAGGUGCUCGGCCCGAACCAUAGUGAUACAUUGGCAGCGGUAAAUGGCCUGGCAACUCUAUACUCCAGACAAGAGAAGAAGUAUUCUGAGGCGGAAAAGUUGUACCAGCGGGCUCUUGCUGGGUGGGAGAAGACGCUCGGCCCGGACCAUGGUGAAACACUGAGAGCGGUGGGAAACUUGGCAAUAUUUUACUCCAAACAAGGAUGGGGCCGAUAUCCCGAGGCGGAAAGGUUGUACAAGCGGGCUCUUGCUGGGCAGCAGAAAGUACUCGGUCCAGACCAUAGGGAAACACUGAGAGCGGUAAAUGGCCUGGCAACUCUAUACUACAAACAAGGGCAGAAUCGAUAUCCCCAGGCGGAAGGGUUGUACCAGCGGGCUCUUGUUGGGUGGUUGAAGGUGCUCGGUCCGGACCAUAGUGAUACACUGGCAGCGGCAAGUUGCCUGGCAACUCUAUACUCCACACAAGAGAAGAAGUAUCCUGAGGCGGAAAAGUUGUACAAGCAGGCUCUUUCUGGGUAUGUGAGGGUACUCGGUCCGAAUCAUAGGGAAACACUGAGAACGUCUUUUAAAUGUGGUGUAAUUUCAACGGCACCUCUCAUCCAGGUAAAUACAGACCUAUCCAUAUCAGUAAUAUAG